UGCCUGAAUAGAGACGGGGGGUGACUGUGUGAUUUUCUCGCGAAACGUGUGUGCUUUGUGGCCGUGUUUCGGGGCUUGCUCUUUACGCGACUCCGAUACACUGCCGUUCCUGCGCGUACUUUUACAUCGUCUGUCGUAUUCGCCUACCUAGUACUACGAGCCCUGCGGCGAAAUCACCGGCGGGCGCUGUGCAAAACCACCGGCGUGCUGACGAGAUACUGUUGCAACCUACAUGACUUGUUAGUUCUUUUCUUCUCGCAUCUGCAGAGGGACUGACUACACCUUCGAUCCCUUCGCACAGCAGCGUUCUUUACCUGAAGGGCAUCGCCGGAACGGAUCGUCAUCUGUAGCGACCAUGUACAAAGUCAAGGUGAAGUGGGGCAAGGAGACGUACCAAAACGUGGAAGUGGACACCCGAGAGGAGCCCAUGCUGUUCAAGGCGCAGCUGUUUGCUCUGACGGGUGUGGAGCCUGACCGGCAGAAGGUGCUCAUCAAGGGCUCCGUGCUCAAGGACCAUGACUGGGGAAACAUACAGCUCAAAGAUGGUGCAGUGGUGCUUCUCAUGGGUACCAAGGAAGCACUGCCGUCUGAGCCUGCCGAGAAACCAGUCUUCAUGGAGGACAUGUCUGAGAACGAGCUUGCCACUGCGCUGGAUCUGCCGGCCGGCCUGACCAACCUGGGCAACACAUGCUACAUGAACGCUACCGUCCAAUGCCUGCUCACCGUGCCUGAACUCAAGGAGGCACUCAAGAAGUUCCAGGGGGAGCUGUUCCUUAUGCGAUCAUCUGGCUCGAACCCGCAGUCCGUGACGGCUGCCAUGCGCGACCUCCACGGUCUCAUGGAGAAGUCGGCCGUGGUGCCUCCCAUCGUGCUGCUCCAGGUGCUGCACACAGCCUUCCCCCGGUUUGCCGAGAAGUCCGAGCAGGGAGGCUUUGCUCAGCAGGAUGCGAAUGAGUGCUGGACGGAGGUGGUGCGAAUGCUCCAGCAGAAGCUGCCACCCAUCGACCAGCCAGCCUCUGAGACUGCGCCCCCGCCGGUGCAGAAGUACAACAACUUUGUCGACCAGUACUUCGGCGGCGUCUUUGACGUCACGCUAAAGUGCAUGGAGUCCGAGGAGGAGCCCGAGGCGCGGACCAAAGAACACUUUCUCCAGUUGAGCUGCUUCAUCUCUCAAGAUGUCAAGUACAUGAUGGCUGGCCUUAAAAGUAAACUUUCAGAAACCAUUAACAAGAUGUCGCCCACAUUAAACAAGGACUGUGAAUACAAGAAAACGAGCACCAUCAGUCGGCUUCCCGCGUACCUAACCAUCCAGUUUGUCCGUUUCUUCUACAAGGAGAGGGGAGCCGUCAAUGCCAAGAUCCUCAAGGACAUCAAGUUCCCGCUCCAGCUGGACGUGUUUGAGCUGUGCUCGGAGGAACUCCAGCAGAAGCUCAUCCCCAUGCGGACCAAGUUCAAGGAGCUCGAGGACCGCAAGAUGGACGUCGCACAAAAGCUCAAUCUCCAGCACCCUGACGAUGCGAACAAGCCACACAAGGAGACCAAGCAGGAGCCAUUCUCAUUCGCAGAUGACCCAGGCUCGAACAACAGCGGCUUCUACUCGCUCCAGGCUGUGCUGACGCACAAAGGCCGCUCCACGUCCAGUGGUCACUACGUUGCCUGGAUACGCAGGAAAGAAGAUGAGUGGUUCAAGUGUGACGACGACAAAGUGUCCGUGGUCACGUCAGAAGAGAUCCUGAAGCUGUCUGGUGGAGGUGAUUGGCACACGGCAUACGUGCUGCUGUACGGACCCCGCAUCCUCGAAGUGGAAGCGGAUUGAUCGUCCAAGCCGCUAGGGAAUCCAACUUUCCAGAUGCCUUUCCGCCGUCACUGCUUCCCGAAACACCAGCGCUGCCUGCUGCCUCCAUCCGAUGUCACUCUGUCGUCUCUCCUCGCUUCCUACCCUCCUGAAUUUUUUUUUUUAGAGAUACUCCGUGCAAGACAACGUGAGAAACUGCAGUUUAAUCUGUGGAAAAAGAAGAGCCGCAGAAAAGCCACCUGCGAAUGCCAAGCACGCAUUGCUGGCUUUGUUUUUUUACGGCCGGUUUGACGGAAGAGAGUGCAAGAUGGCUUGUAUGGCGUUGCGUUAUGGCAACGAGGGAAAGUGAACUUUCCGUUUUCUUUUCUCCUCACCUCGUGUGGGGUAAUUGUGUAAAAAAGAAUUAAAAAGAAGCUCAGCCAGAGGCUUAUCAAAAGCCUCGCUGUUGCUGAAUUUGA